AUGGACAUAUACCGACCAUUACAACUGACAAGCAAAGGUAAUCAAUAUGUAUUAUCAAUACAAGAUAUUUUAACCAAAUAUCUUAUCCUUGUACCUCUUCCCAAACAACAAACUCAAACUACAAUAGAGAAAUUGAUGGAUUAUUAUAUUUACGUAUUUCCCAAAAUGAUACUAACAGAUCAGGGCGCGGAUUCUGUGUCAAAAUUGAUGAUGGAAUUUGAAAAAGCCUUUUGGAUUAAGCAUAUUAAAACCACUAGCUUCCACCCACAGAGCAAUGGCUCCUUGGAACGCGUACACGCCUUAAUAGGAGAUUUAAUAAGGACUUGUACUAAGGACAGAGGUAGAGAAUGGGACGAGAUAAUGAAUCUAGUUUAG